CUGUGCAAUUAGAAAACUAAUUGAUUUUGAAUAAUGUGGUAUUGUUCGAUUUGUUCAUAUUGUUUAAGCAAAAGCUGUUGCAGUUUUCAUUCUGCGUGUGUGUCUUUCUCUCUCUCUCAAUGCUAUUGGUGAUGUGUUUGCUGCAUAUAAUUACGUCGGUUGUUUUACGACGUUUCCGUCCAUUUUGUUGUACUUUGACAGUGGACUGAGCGGUGUUGUUAUUGUUGUUUACGUGCUUCGAUUUGCCUGCAAUGAGAGAUGAAUGAGUGCGUCGUGCGUAAUUGCGAAUACACCAUGACUUGACUCCUCCAAAACGUUUGGAUUGGACUUUAUGAGAAGAAAUUGAGAUAGCUUGAAACAAUACGAGGAAUAUGUCCACGAAACCGUUCAGCCUGGGCAGCAGCGAUGGAUCGUCAGGCGGUGCGAGGCCCAAAAGGUUUUCCAUUGACGACGCCUUUGAGGAGGAAACUGACGAAGCCAUCCGCGUAUAUGGUUCGACCACGCAGAUGUCGCCCGUCGAGGGUCGCAAUGAUACAGUCAAGAUUGACUGUGCAAGGAACUAUAAACUUGUCAAUGAAACAUCACGGGACUCAGAUUCCCUUAUCCAAGACUGCUAUGAUAGUGCAAGCCAGGAGAACCUCACCAGAUCCUGCUUCAGGCACCCAAAAGUCAGAGAGAACUGGAGGAUGGUCCUAGCAGCCACCACCCUCCUCUUUAUUGGCAUUGGACUACUGGCGACGGGAGCGCUGGCACUAGCAGAGCCACAGGCCGGUCUCCAAGGAGCUGUCUUUCUACUCACUGGUUUCAUCUGCUUCGUGCCUGGGGCAUACCAUGUGGUCUACAUAUACUUAGCAGCCAAAGGCAAAAGGGGUUACCACUUCCACAACUUACCCCUCUUCACUUGAAAAGCAAAGCAAUGAACACUACUCACAGUAACACCACUACUACUAAAUAUAUAUAUAUACACCUUUCUAUAUAUAUAUUUAAGCAAAUAUUUAAUCUCUUCAAUUACUGGUG